AUGGGUCGUUUCAAACCGGUUAUCAAAGCACAAGUCAUCCCGAACGUGAAAAACACGUCUUCUAAUAUUGAUGACAUUUCAAAGGAAUCUCCUUUAACACCAUCACAUACAAACGAUAACACAUCAAGUACAACUCCACCAACAGUCAUAAGUGUGUCCACUCAAAAGAUUCAAAAGAAUCAAAUGAUAUCUGAUGAACAAGAAGUAAAAAAGGCAUCAAAUUUGGAUGAAAAAAACCCAAAUAUGGUAAUUCCAGCGCCGGAGGGAUCAACGGUUACAUCCGCACCAAAACCAAAUGUUAAACCUAAGAGAAAACGAAAGAGCAAAAAUAGCAAAAAUAAUGAUACUUCACAGAGCGAUACGAAUGACAAUGAGGGUGAAAGCAAACCAAAACGAACCAGAAAAGCUAAAGAUCCAAACGCACCAAAGAGACCUCCGAAUGCGUAUUUACAAUUUACCUUUGCAAAAAGGGCAGAAUUGAAGCAACAGAAUCCUAAGAUGAGUCCAAAAGAAAUCACAAUAAUGCUUGGUGAAGCGUGGAGAAAAUUAUCCGAAACAGAAAAGAAGCCGUACUAUGAUCUCGUGACACAAGCUCUCGCGCAGUGGCAAGAAGAUACGAAGGCUUAUCAAGCCUUGAAUCAUGUAGGGCUAACACAAGACACGGCACAAGCGAGCGAAAUUUAUUCUUCCUCGGUUCAAGAUAACAUACAGCAAAACAGUUUGAACACGCAAUUAAUUCCUGAUAAUAACUUGCCCGAGAUCGGUUCAAGUAAUAAUACAACAGAUGGAUUGUAUCAACUUCAAGCGAACACAACUAAUUCAACUUGUGUACCUUAUAACGAUUAUCAUUCAUACGGACAACAACAACAAGGUUCGAUGGAGGCUUUGUUGGAUAUGCCUCCUGAUAACUCUCAAACAUAUGGCUAUCAUUCAGAUAUGAAUGGAACUCAUCUAUAUACAGAUGACAAUAUAAAUACAAGUUUUUCACUUCCAACCAUGAUUCCUAUCAAAGUGAGCAUAGUUGAUCAAGAUACACAUGGUUCAUACUUUACACAAGAUUUUCAUACUACACAAGAACAACAAGAACAGCACCAAGUUGUCAAGCAGGAUUUACUUUUGUGCCAACCAUUUGAUCCUACUGGCACCAAUCAGAGACCGGAAUCGAACACGAUAUCUGUUGAUGAAAAUCCUGUUAUUCAAAAACAAGAAAAACCUGAUACGAAUAAUAUGCUCCUUUGUCAGCCAUUUGAACCUUCCAAGAUGAGUAAUGUUGUGUCGGAUAAUGAUAAAAUUGAUCAUACAUGGUUACAAGAUGAGGAUCAACAUCAACAAACACAAGUAGAAUACUCUGAAUCAAUAAUUUAUCCACGAUUCACUUCUCAUGAAAUGACUGAACGCGGUUCUCAUCUGAUUCAUCAAGGAACAUCGCAAGAAAUUCCUCAACGUGUUGAAAUUUAUCAACAUCAGGUACAACAGUCGUUGCAGUCAUUGAAUCGACAUAAUCCUGAACCUAUAAACGAAAUGAAUCAAUCCGCUCAUUCAAUACAAUACUUGACCCAUGGCGAUGCACGAACAAGCGAUAUCUCAUUCGAUUCCAAAGAAGAAGCAAUCAAUCUGGUAUCAAAAGGAUCCAUCUCAGAAAUCACCUCGGAGAUAUCAGCAUUUUCUGCAAAAAUCAUUUCAUCCGACACCAAAACGACAAAAACUUUACAAACGAUCACUCACGAGGAAGCAUUUUCUCAUAUUAUAUCAUACCUACUUGACACUAUUUUAAAAUCAAAAGAUCAAAUAAAAUAUAUCGUUCAUAGGGUGGUUCACGGUGCGGCGGAAACUCAAGCAUUCAUCUUGAGAUCUGAUCCAUCACCAACUCGGGCUCUCUCCGAGCUUGAUUCAUUAUCAGAAUUGGCACCAUUGCAUAAUCAUGCCAGCGUGUUAAUAAUUAAAUCUUGUUUAAAGGAAUUGCCGAAUUCAACGAAUUAUGUGUUCUUUGAUACGUUAUUUCAUCAAUCCAUACCACCUCAUGUUUACACUUACGCCUUGCCUUUUGAGGAAGCCAAGCAGAAGAGAAUUAGAAAAUAUGGCUUUCAUGGUAUAAGUCAUUCUUAUGUGACUAAGAUUGCCGCGAAUUAUUUGGGAAUUGAUUGGAAUGAUGAUGAUACAAAAUUUAUCAGUUUACAUUUGGGAAGUGGUGCUAGCGUUUGUGCCGUCAAAGGUGGUAAAAGUGUUAACACAACUAUGGGAUUAACCCCUUUAGAAGGAUUACCGGGAGCUACGAGGUCUGGUUCGAUCGAUCCCUCUGCCAUAUUCCAUCUUUCGUCAAAAGCGCGUAAAUGUGAAGAAUCGCAUCAUUCAGUAGAAAAGCAAUUUCAUCUAACGGAAGCGGAAUCUAUUUUAAACCAUGAUUCGGGAUUUAAAGGACUUUGUGGCCUUUCAAAUUUCGGGGAUAUCACAAAAUCGAUUCAUGAGGGGAACGAAAAUCAUGAACGCGCAAAAUUAACAUUUGAUAUCUUUGUCAAUCGCAUCGUGAAUUAUAUUGGAAGUUACUUUGUUGAAUUAGAAGGGAAUAUCAGCGCAUUGGUAUUCACUGGUGGAAUCGGUGAAAAUAGUAAAGAAUUACGUGAAUCGGUCACGGAAAAGGUUGAGUGCUUAGGAUUUCCCAAAGUUGAUAAGGAGAAAAAUGAAAAAGUUGAAGGGUCCUUUAAGAAAGGAGAUGAUGUUGUGGAUAUUUCCAACGGAACAGAAGGGAAGUCUCGAGUGUUGGUGGUUGAAACCAAUGAGGAAAAAGAAAUGGUUAAUCAAUUAAUCACGAAAAUUUAG